AUGGCGGCGGCUGCCGCGGGGAUGCCCGUGUUCCUGGAGGUGCGGACACAGCUGCGGAGCGCGCUGCUGAUCCUGGGGGAGCCUAAAGAAGGAGGUGGUACGCCCAUGGAUAUUUCUAUAACACCAUCAUCACUCCAGGUGAAGACCCCUGCAGACUGCACAGAGCUCCGGCUUCCAGCAGAGGUCAGGCUUGUACCUUCCUCUUGCCGAGGGCUGCAGUACGUGGCUGGAGAUGGGCUGCACCUGCGGCUGCAGGUGUGGGCAGAAUCCAAUGCCAAACUGAUUUCCAUGUUUAAUCAAAGCUCACAAACCCGAGAAUGCUGUACAUUUUAUUGCCAGUCCUGUGGUGAAGUCAUAAUAAGGGACAGGAAGCUUCUCAGGGUGCUCCCAUUGCCGAGUGAGAACUGGGGAGCUCUAGUUGGAGAAUGGUGUUGUCAUCCUGACCCCUUUGCUAAUAAGCCACUUCAUCCACAAGAGAGUGACUGUUUUAUUGGAGACUCUUUCUUCUUGGUGAAUUUAAGAAGUGAUUUAUGGCAGCCAAGACCUGAACUAGCCCCAGUGGAGACACACUGUCUUUCUUCUGAGAACCAUUUUAAAUUGAAACCAAAGGCAAAUACCAAAGUAAUUUGUAAGCGUUGCAAGGUAAUGUUGGGAGAGACCAUGUCAUCAGAAACCACCAAGUUUUAUAUGACAGAGAUAAUUAUUCAGCCAUCUGAAAGAAAUUUUCCCAUCAUACCAAGGUCCCAGUUUGUACAGAGUGUUAUCGCCCAGUGUCUGGUGGAACUCUCCUCUGCUAGAAGCACUUUUAGAUUCACUAUUCAAGGUCAUGACGGCAAAGUGUACAUCUUGCUAUGGCUUUUAAACUCAGACAGUUUGGUGAUUGAAUCUUUGGGAAGUUCCAGAGGUAUCACAAAAUUCCCUCUGUUGGAAGACAUCUUAAAGGCAGAUUCCAGUUCUGCCUGGAAUGCUGUCAAGGUCCUCUACCAGCCAUGUGUCAAAAGCAGGAAUGAAAAGCUUUCCAGUGCAUGGGAAAGUGACAUCAGCAUCCACACUCUAACCCUGCCCUCUGCAACCUGCUUAGAGCUGCUGCUGAUAUUAUCCAGGAACAACGCCACGCUACCUCCAUCGCUUCGCUAUAUGAAUUCCUUUCAGGGAAUGAGAUCAACACUGACUGAAAUUUGCUCAAGAUCACUUUCCUUCAGAGAAGCUUACCUGUCGAUUUCACCCCACACUUUGGAGCAACCAAGAACAAUUAUGCACUAUAGUUAUAAUAAAGUCUGGUCACCUCAAAGUCAAGGCCCACUGCCAAAAUGA